AUGCGCUUGAGAUGGAUGCGGUACGUACAGACCUUUUGCAUAAAGGCUUUUGCCGAACAGAAACAGGGAGACCUUCUUGGCGGAAGCCAUGCCGGUGCCCUCAUAGUCAGGGCGCAUGGCUGUGAUACCACGCUUUUCACAGCCUUCCGCAGUGAGCAGCUCCUGCAAUCCUCACCCAACUUCAGACACAGUCCUGUCACCUGUCGCGCCGCCGCCAUUGGCGGCUGCCAGCUCAAAGGUCAGGCCUCAUGGCUCGCUUGGCAGGUCUCACGGCAAGAACCCCCAAAAAGCGCUGUGGCGAAACUUUGGCCGCUUUGGAUGGUAGCGGCCGCUUUGGUGUACAAGCGACCUCCGCAUGUUCGGUGA